AUGGAAGGUAAGAAGCUAUCUAAAGAAGAAGAUUUAAGAUUGGAGAAGCAACUUAAACUUAUGAAUAAGCCAUCAGUCAAAACCAUUAAGACAAUACAUGGAGAUGUAUACAAUUGUGUUGAUUUCUACCAACAACCUGCUUUUGAUCAUCCAUUGUUGAAGAAUCAUACAUUUGAUUUUAAGAUACCGCAUUCAUCUUAUCCCAGUAAGAAGAGAGAUGAAUUUGAAGAUGACUCUAAUUUGUUUGAUCCAAGUAAAAUAUGGUUGAAUGGCGAGGGAUGUCCAGUUGGUACGGUUCCUAUAAAGAAAAUUACUAAAAACGAUCUUUUUAGAGCAAAGUUGGCCUCAGAGAUGUAUGCUUCCAAAUUGAAUCCUCAAUCUGUGGAAACUCCUGGUCUUCAUUUAGCUGUAUUACGCACUAAAGCUGAUCCAAACAAGAAAUACUACGGAGCUAGAAUGUUUACUAUCGCAGAAGAGGUUAAAUUACAAAACUCUCAGUCAAGUUAUUCUCGCUUGAAAAUGAAAAACGAUGCAGACUAUAUAGAAGCUGGGUGGAUGGUGAAUCCACUUGUGUACAAAGAUAAUAAGACUAGAAUCAGCUGCAAAAUCCCUCUCGACCUUGUUUUUUCCCCAACGGAAACUAAAGCAAGACCAGCUGUGAAAUUCAUGAUUAACCGGGAUGCACCUGGAAAUUGGAAUCUUUAUAUUGGUACCGGCGAGGCUCUUGUUGGAUUUUGGGAUUAUCGCAUAUUUGAGGCUGGAUUGAAUAAUUUUGCUACCUACAUUGAUUGGGGUGGACAAGUAUAUGGUCCGCCCAGUCUACCAAGUGCACCAAUGGGACGCGGCGUUAAAGUUAGUGGCAAUGAAGCUACGGACUCAUUUGAUUACCAAAUCGAAUAUGCGCUUGAAACUAGCUAUUGUAUUGCUGAUAAUGUUGAAGCAUUUUCAGAUAUUCCUGCAUAUGAUGCGUGGGAUGCUGGAAUUAGAAAAGGAUGGAUUGGACAUCAAUUCUUUUAUGGGGGUCCUGGUAAGAAGCUAUCUAGAGAAGAAGAUUUAGGAUUGGACAAGCAGCUUAAACUUAUGAAUAAGCCAGCUGCCAAAACCAUUAAGAUAAGACCUCCGUCUCAUCCCAAAAGGAGGAGAUCAUACGAAGAUAACUCUACCAUCUUCGAUCCAAAUAAGAUAUGGUUGAACGGUAAGGGAUGUCCAGUUGGUACAGUCCCUAUGAAAAAAAUUACCAAAAAAGAUCUUCUUAGAGCUAAACUGGCAUCGGAAAUAUAUGCUUCCAAAUUCAACCCUCAAUCUGGUGAAACUCCUGGUCUCCAUUUUGCUACAAUGCGCAUUAAAGCUGAUCCAAAAAUAAAUUACUAUGGAGGUGCGAUGUAUACUACUUUACACAAGGUGCAAGUCCAAAAUGAUCAGUCAAGUUAUUCUCGCAUGAAAGUGAAAAAUAAUGCAGACUAUAUAGAAGCUGGGUGGAUGGCUGGGCAGUCUGUUUGUUUCAAUACAUAUUGUCCUGGAUUUGUACAUGUAUCUGCAGAAAUCCCUAUCGACUCUGUUUUUACUGUAACAAUACCAGGUCUACAAAUAGUUUCUGUCAAAUUCAUGAUCGAUUGGGAUGGAACGGUUGGAAAUUGGUACCUCUAUGUCGGUAACAACAAUACAGUUGUUGGAUUUUGGAAUUAUCGGAUAUUCAAGGCUGGAUUGAAUAAUUUUGCUUCUUACAUUGAUUGGGGAGGACAAGUAUAUGGUCCUCCCGAUGUACCAAGUGCACCAAUGGGAGCCGGCAAGGAAGUUAUUGGGAAAAUGACACACGACGCAGCGUGUUGGGAAGUCGAAUAUGCAAAUAAAACUCACUAUAUGAUUGCUGAAAAUGUUGAACAGUAUGCAGAUAUUGGAAGAUAUAGUGUGCUGGAUGGUGGAAUUCAAAAAAAGGCAUUAAAGCAGGUUCCAUGUCUCAUUCUCUAUGGUGCAGCAGAUAGUGAUUAUCACGCUUCACCAAAGAAGGAAGCCGCGUGA